AUGAUCAAGACAAUAUUGUUCAUUGUUUGUCUCUUACGAGUGGUCGAAGGUCAACAAACGUUUGUCGAACAGUCGACUAUCGACUUUUUUGGCAACAAAACACCGAUUUUUAAUUACAUGCCCAAUCCUGGGCACGUUGAGUUAGAGAGGCUCAAGUUUUUUCAAGAACACGGAGAUUUGAGGGAAGAAGAAGGUAUGGUUUAUAUUGUUUAGGUCAUUGGGAGAGAGAAUGUUUUAUAUUACUUUAGGUUGAAAUAAGAGGGGUUAUUUUGUAUUAUUCUAGGUUUACAAGGUUUAUUUCUUUUUUUAUGUGUUUAACUCUUUCAAAAACUUAUAUUAUAGUACAUUUUAUGUUAUUGUUGUAGGUUGGUGGCACAUGUUUCCAUACGGACCUCGCUUCAGUGAUAACAAGAUCCUUCUGAAGCCGCAUCACGAUAAACAAAUUGAUUUUGACUUUGAUUUUCCUUACUUUGGCUUCAGGUUCAAUUAUUCUAUGGUGAGGACAUUUAUUUAUAUUGUUUUAGAUUAAAAGCUAUAAAAAUGUUAGCUUUAAGUAUGAAAAAGAAGGCAAAAUUUUUAAAAAAUGUCAUGAAUAACAUAAAAUUUUUAAAAAAUAUAAUGAAAAUUUAAAAAACUCAAUUUCAGAUCUACCCCGACGGCCUUCUAGCCUUCUCAGAUCCGGAAUUCUACCAGCCGCCCUACACCUUCCCCAACCCAAAGUGGCCAGAACAAAAAGAUGCCAGUUUCAUUGCACCGUUCUUCGCCGAAGCCACUUGGCAGCAUAUUGGAGAUCAUGCCAUUUCUAACGUCUGGUACCGGCUGGUCUUUCGUCCUCGAGCUUAUGAGACUGUCGAUGAGUGGGGCAGCCCUAUGAUGGGACCAAUGGAUCAAUAUGGUACUGUUUUGUAUUUUUAUGUUAAUUAUCUGAAAUUUUUAAUUUUUUUAAUUUGGAAACACAAAAAUUUAAAAUUAUACUGUUAUAGGUGACAUGUUCCAAACCCCUCGCGACAGAUACGAAAAGAACAAGAUUGGUCGAGUGGAAGAUCCAUACCUACUGGACAACAUCACCAUGGCCAUAAGAGACGGUACGAUUGGAGCCAGUGGAUUCAGAGCCGACUACGCUUUGAUUGUGACAUGGGAAAGGAUGGCAUAUGGUGGAGCACCGAAGAUUACUCAAGUUAACAAGUACCACGAAGCCAAGAGAUGGUGGAAUACUUAUCAAGUGGUAUUGGCUACGGAUGAAAUCAGAAGUUAUGCUAUUUUUAACUAUGCCAACAUUAAUUGGACUAGUUCGAAUACGGCUGGUGCUUUGCAGGGUCGUGGUGGUCUUCAGAGUGCUAUUGUAAGGUUUUUUUAGGUUCUAAUAUAACUUUAAACUUUGAAUAUUAUGUAUUUCAAAUAAUUCUGUGCUCUCUUUUAAAGCAAAUUUUUGUCGCUAAUGGGCACAGAAUUAGUUGAACAACAUAACAUAGUUUUAAAAUUAAAAAUUUGAAAUAUAAAACCAUAUCUCAGGCCGGAUUCAAUGGUGGUAACGGUACCGGUUUCUUUCCCUUACCGUACUCUGGAGAAGGUCGUAUUCUGAAGCUCAAAGAAUUCGGAAACGUUGGUAUUCCUGGAAGAUGGAUCUAUCGAAUCGAUGAACAGAUCAUAAACGGCGGUUGUAGCAAUCACUCGGUCGGUAUCAUGACUACAGCUCCAAUUGCGGCCAGUAUGAUAGGUGGUACGCUGGUGAAUGUGACUGGACCUUGUUUACGGGGUGGUGAUGUUAUAAAAGUGGUUUUUGAUGAAUAUCUGGUCGAUUGUGUGCGCGUAGGUGUUUUUGCAGUAUUGGAAGUUGUUUUAGCAUGAACUAGUGCUUUAAAGCUUGAAGUUGUUGUAAUAUGAACAAAUUGAGCUAAAAAUUGUUUUAGUAUUAAAUAUUGAAGUCAAAAAUUGAUUCAGCAUUGAAUGCAAGCGCUUUUUGAUAUUAACAUAUGUCGUUUUUAGUUAAACAUGGUGAGAGCUCAGUGUGUACUACCAGUAAAUCGAAUAUUCAAAACAGGGCUGGUAACGACGAAGAUGAGCAGAGAUGGGGGGCAUUCCUACCCUUAUUAUGGCACUUUCUACCUCUGUAAGUUUUACUGUUUUUGCUACAAUAUUUUUUUUAUACAUAAAAGCUGUAUAUGAUACCAUACAGUCUGUGUAUGAUAGUAUAUAUCCACUUACGCAUGCCAUUUUCAGUACAACCCUCUUUGGCCAUGCCUCAAAUCAAGCUCAUAGACGAUCCCUUAAUAGCUCACGACAAUUGGCGCUCUCACAACGCGACCAACUUAAGGAUGGAAUGGGCACCUCAUAACUUGACCAACGAUCUCUCCGCCAUGAUUAAUAUAAAGCUGAUGGGUUAUUGGGAGGACACGGACGACCACAUCUUCGAAGAGGUCGGGGUAAUAGCUCAAGGUGCUGCCAACAAUGGUUUCUACGACUUUGAUCCACAAACCUUGAUGUUGAAGCAAUCGUGGACUGACAACUGGAGACGCUUCAGUUGGGGAGCGAUUCAGAUCGAGUUGGCGUCCGGUCAGCAGCACGAAACGGUCGGCAUGUUCUGGUCGAAGAUGACCCCGUUUGGGUGGUUCUUCCGUCCACAAUGGGAGUAUCAAUAUGGAACUGACUGGGCGUUGGAGUUGUGCCGAGAUUGGUUUGACUACGAUGGCAAGAGAGUGAAUUACGCCAUGGAUCUGGAGCCGUCGAUACCUUGUCCUUGCACUAUCGACCAAGCCAUUCUGGACAUUGGUCGAUUCAUGCCUUUGUUUGGAUGUGACAGAGAUGGUGAUGCUUCUUGCGAAUACAACAAGGGUGCUCAACAUUGUGUCAUGUCUACUGCUGCUACGUAGGUUUAUUCAUAGAAUAGGAUCAGGUGGAGUGGGGUAUGGUAAUUUAGGGUAGGAUCAACUAGAGUAGGCUAUCGUACUGCAGGGUAAGGAAAGGUAGAGUAGUACUUACAUAUAUAUUUUUAGCUGGACCGGAGCAGGCCAAGUCUGCUGCUACGACUUCGAAGGCUGGCUGAUGCAUUCCGACGACUACGAGAACGCUGCUCAUCUCCGUUUCUUCAGUCCAGGCACAUCUCAACGUGCCCAUCCAAUGGGUGCCUACCCCUUCAAACGUCCCCCCUACGUACCAUCGCUGAGUAACUACCACACCGACCGUAUGGCAUACGAAAAGUGUUGUAAAUGGGCAGGUCACUGCGAGUUCUACUUCUGGCGACGCCAAACCUCAGGCUGUCAAGAGUAUAUUCCACCAGCUGCUGGUAUCAUCUACGGAGAGCCACAUGUCAUAACGUACGAUGGUACGCGCUACAGUUUCCAAGGCAAAGGCUACUACGUGUUAUCUAUGAGCAAAGACCCAAGACACGACUUUCAUGUUCAGAUUAGAAUGGAACAACCGCCCAAAACGGACUGGGGCCAAGUGGUACAGGCGUCGGUUAUCACUGGAGUGGCGGCCAAAGAGAACACAUCUGAUAUUGUACAAGUGUUUGCGAGGAAGGAGUUCAGGAGAUGGAGGUAUCGAAUGGACGUGGUGGUUAAUGGGCAUUACUGCUUCUUCGACACGCCUGAGCUGAAAAUGCAGCGGUUUAAGGGUAGGUUUUAGCUCAAGCUGCUGUCGAUAAGUACUAGCGGAGAAAAAAAAUUUUUUAGGUAACAAAAGUUUAAGAAAUUUGUAAUAAAAAUAUAUUGUUGUAGGUGUAACUAUCAGAAGUCCGGAACGGAAUCAUAAUCAGUCGGAAAUUCAGAUUAUGUUUGAUUCUGGAGCUGGAAUUCAAGUUAACGAAGCUCAUGGUGUCCUGGCAGUGAUGGUACUGCUGCCACCUCAUUUCAACGAAAGUUAUGCUGUAGGUUUAGCCUAAUAUCAGGUUGUAUAAAAAGUAAUGAGCUACAGAGCUCCAUAUCUCUAUGAGAGAUGUAGCUCAUUACUUUUUAUAUAACCUAAUAUUUCACAUUUUCUCAUUUUUCGUUUAGUUUUAACCUUAUUUUAAAACCUAGACAUCUCUUGUACUAGUAUCAUACCUUUCGUACUAUAACGGUAUUAGUAUCAUGUCUAUCGUACUAUAACUUCAAAGCUACUAUAAUAUCUUAACCCCUUCGAAAUUCCAGUUUAACCGCGGUCACGACUACUUUGGCACAGGAUACGAUGAGUUCGGCAGAAGUACUUCAAAUGUUCGUACUCAUCAUCUAGCCAGUCAGGUAUACGUCCCAUCAACCUUACAACGUUAUGCUGGAGCUAAUCGAUUUAUGACAGUAGGAUUGUUGGGUACCUUCAAUGACAACCACCUGGAUGACCUGAUGGAUCCGAAUGGCCAGAUCUUUUCCGUUGGUCAUCCACCGACCGAGCAGGACAAUCGGAAUGCUUAUCAGUUCGGCGAGAGUUGUAAGUUAUAUUGGGGUAGGGUAAGGGGGAUGGGGCAGUGGGAUAGGUAAGGGUAUGACAGUGAAGUGUAGGGUAGAUUAGGGUUGGAUAAGGUUGGGAAGGGUAGCGUAGUGUAGGGCAUGGUAGAUUAGCGUGGGUUAUAUUAAAGUAUGGUAGAAUACUGUAAGUUAGGUCUUAAUAGGGUGCGGUAAAAAAGUUAUGGUACUGUAAGUGGCUUUUCAGGGCGAGUAGACGGCUCCAAAUACAAGCUCCUCUUCCAAGAUGACAUCAAACCAAUAUACGAUCCCUUAUCCUUCGGUAACGAUCGUUACUAUCAACCACUCUUCGACCAUAGUCGUAUGUUAUACAAUGGCUCUCUUGUCUACACGGAAGAGGAAGUACGAUCGGCCUGUCAAGGUGUAUAUGAAUGUGAAUACGACUUUUAUAUGACCGGUCGAAGAGAGAUCGCCAUGUUAACAUUGGAAAUGCAGACCAAGUUGAGCGAACAAAAAGUGAAAGGUACCAUUAGGACCAUGAGUUGUGGUGCUCUUUUGACAGCACCAGGAGUUGUGAAAUAUCCACCUGGUAACAACUACCUCGAUGGGGUUACUGUAACAUUCACUUGCAAACCAGAGUACUUUAUUCAUGGUACACCACAAAGGACUUGUGUUAAUGGUACUUGGACUCCCGGAUGGCACGUUUGGUGCAGAAGUAAGUGCUUUAUAUAUGGCAUUUUUUAAAGUUGUUUCUAUUUUCCAAGCUUUCAAUAUCAUGUAGUACCUUCUAGAACAUGAUAACCACUUUAGUAUUAUUUUGAAAGUUUAAAACUGAUUCAUUUUAGCCAGAACACUAGAAACAGGUCUAAAAUGGAUGUGUGGUAUCCUGUCAUCUGUCGCCAUUAUGCUGUUUAUAUGCUCUAUAUACUUGUCAUGUUAUCUACGAAGAAUCAGCUUACAUCCGGAGACUAAAAUCACCUUCAGGAAGUCGAAUGCUGGGUAAGAAUACAUUAUCUUAAUAUUUUUAUGUAUGAAUUUUUAUUUAAGUGAGUCUUAAUGUAGUGCCAAAUACUAAUCCAAGAGUUUUGGUCAGAAAAUUCAGUUUAAGCAUAUAAGGCUAUCUACCUUAUUAUCCAACAAAACUAAAGGCUUCCAUAUUAUACACAAAUUUUGACCAAUCUUAUCAUAAGUUAUCGAAAUAUCACAAAAAAAUUAAAAAAUCCUAACUCCAAAACUUUACAGUACUACCCGAAGAGAUCCAGACGUAUACACCACCAAGACCCACACCUUCAAUCCUCCUCAAGACGCCCAACCUCCGCCCUCGAUCUUACGGCGAACUAACAGAAGAACUGAGAGUCCCACCUUCCAAAAACAACCUUCACCAUCACCUCCACAGUUCUUGGGCCUCGAGUCUACCAUGUAA